AUGGCUGAAGAUGAAUUCCACGAUUUUGUUGGCAACUCCGACAGUGAGGAUGAGGAGUUUUUAGGGUUUAACUUGGAUGAAAUUAGAGACGAUAUUGAGCAAGGUGAUGUGGACGGUGAAAUCAAACUUAAUGAGGACGAAAUCGCAGAAAUAAUGAGAGAAGUUGAUGAAGAAAUGUACCGGGAAGAGAGAGAUCCAACACUCGAUGCUUACGAGUGCAACUGGCUACGUGAUUUUACCGAGCAACCGGGGCCUCGUCACAUAGACGAAAAUGCUAGCGAGUACGACAUAUUUUCAAAAAUUGUGAAUGAAGAAAUAAUUUCUUUAUUAAUGGAAGAAACUAACAUAUUACCAGCAGCAACUGCUAAAGGUUUUACUACCUUAAUGUCUAGAGACAGAUUUCUGAACAUUCUAGCCUAUUUUCAUGCAGCCGAUAAUGAUUUGGAGCCCCCAAGAGAGAGCCCAAAUUAUGACCCAACUUACAAGUUUUCAAAACUUGCCAGACUACUUAUCAGAAAUUGGCAACGGUAUUACUGUCCCCACAGGGAAAUGAGUACUGAUGAAACACUAAUUCCUUUCAAGGGAAGAACUAAAUUUAUCCAAUAUAUCCCUUCAAAACCCCAUAAAUGGGGGUUGAAAGUGUGGACAUUGGCCGAAUCCAAAACAGGAUAUAUGUAUAACUGGGAAAUGUACACGGGAAAACAGGCCGCCACCAACGAUGCGAGGGGUAUUGCUCACCGUGUGGUUAUCAACAUAUGCAGCCCAAUAGUAGACAAGGGAUAUCAUUUGUAUUAUGACAAUUAUUUCUCAAGCCCUGCCCUCUUUCGCGAGUUAUGUGAUAAACAAAUUGGUGCGUGUGGGACCCUGCGGACAAACCGGGUUGGUGUUCCUGCUGUCGUGAAAACUGCCAAGCCUCCCAAAGGCGAGAGCAUUGUACACAGAGAUGGCCGCUUUCUGUACAUAUCAUUUAUGGACAAGAGACUUGUGAAUGUUAUAACAACUGUCCACAAUGGAUCAACCUAUACCAAGAGAGUCAGGUCGAGGUUUCAUGAAAAUCACUUCAGGGAAGUGGAGCACCCAAUGGCAAUUCAGCUCUAUACAAAAUACAUGGGCGGUGUUGAUAGUGCAGAUCAACAGACACAAUACUGUGUCACACAGCAUAGAAUGCUGAAAUGGUGGAAGAAAUUGGUACUGUGUAGCCUAUUAGAAAUAAGUUUCUGCAAUGCCAAAAUAUUGUGGAAGCACUUCAAUCCCGGAAUGCGAAAGUACUGCUCAAACAAUUUCCGUCUGGCUGUGAUCUCUGGUCUUCUUGAAGGGUAUGAGAGACAGAACAAUAAGAAAUUUGUGAGGCCUGCAGCCAACCCCCCUUCAAGAAUGACAGAAAGGCAUUUCCCAUCUCUAAAUCCAUCCAUAACCCCAGGAGGACGGCGUUCAAACCCGGACUGUGAG